GGCCCCGAAAACACCUUAGUUUGCACCGAGAGACCAUUUGCCGCGGUGUCCCAGGAGCUUCUGCUGACAAUCCCAGUUUCCAAGGGAACCCUUUCGGCCAUGGUGAGGGCUGCGCCCCCUUCUCUGACUUGCCUUCAGCCAUGAAUGGAUGGGUGUGAUGCCUGCUAGCCAAAAGGGGUCCUUCUGUGUGUUGCAGUCUUGUGGCAUUCUGCAGGCACCCUGCCCGUGACCCCAGGCUUUUUAUGGCUGUGAGACUUACUAAAAGCUCAGGGGUGAGAAGUGACCUUUUGAGGUGACUAUAACUGAAGAUUGAAUUACAGAAGCAAAAAAAAAGGUUUUUGAGUCAUGAUGCAAGAAUCUGGGUCUGAGACAAAAAGUAACGGAUCAGCCAUCCAGAACGGGUCCAGCGGUGGCAACCACUUACUAGAGUGUGGCGCGCUUCGUGACACUCGGUCCAACGGGGAGGCACCAGCGGUGGACCUGGGGGCAGCGGACCUUGCCCACGUCCAGCAGCAGCAACAGCAGGCCCUGCAGGUGGCAAGGCAGCUCCUCCUUCAGCAGCAGCAGCAGCAACAGCAGCAGCAGCAGCAGCAGCAGCAGCAGCAGCAGCAACAACAACAACAACAACAACAAGUUAGUGGAUUAAAGUCUCCCAAGAGGAAUGACAAGCAACCAGCUCUUCAGGUCCCCGUGUCAGUGGCUAUGAUGACACCUCAGGUUAUCACUCCCCAGCAAAUGCAGCAGAUCCUCCAGCAGCAAGUGCUGAGCCCCCAGCAGCUCCAGGUUCUCCUCCAGCAGCAGCAGGCCCUCAUGCUUCAACAGCAGCAGCUUCAAGAAUUUUAUAAAAAACAACAAGAACAGUUGCAGCUUCAACUUCUCCAACAGCAACAUGCUGGAAAACAACCGAAAGAGCAACAGCAGGUGGCUACCCAGCAGUUGGCUUUCCAGCAGCAGCUUCUACAGAUGCAGCAGCUGCAGCAGCAGCAUCUCCUGUCUCUGCAGCGCCAAGGCCUUCUAACAAUUCAACCCGGGCAGCCUGCCCUUCCCCUCCAACCUCUUGCUCAAGGCAUGAUUCCAACGGAACUGCAGCAGCUGUGGAAAGAAGUGACAAGUGCCCACACUGCAGAGGAGACUACAGGCAGCAACCACAGCAGCCUAGACCUGACCAGCACAUGUGUCUCAUCCUCGGCACCUUCCAAGACUUCCCUCAUUAUGAACCCUCACGCCUCUACCAAUGGACAACUCUCAGUCCACACUCCCAAACGGGAAAGCUUGUCUCAUGAGGAGCAUCCCCACAGCCAUCCUCUCUACGGACAUGGUGUAUGCAAGUGGCCAGGAUGCGAAGCAGUCUGUGACGACUUCCCAGCCUUUCUAAAACAUCUCAACAGUGAGCAUGCGCUGGACGAUAGAAGCACAGCUCAAUGUAGAGUACAAAUGCAGGUUGUACAGCAGUUAGAGCUACAGCUUGCAAAAGACAAAGAGCGCCUGCAAGCCAUGAUGACCCACCUGCAUGUGAAGUCUACGGAACCCAAAGCUGCCCCUCAGCCCCUGAAUCUGGUUUCAAGUGUCACCCUCUCCAAGUCCGCAUCAGAGGCUUCUCCACAGAGCUUACCUCAUACCCCAACGACCCCGACCGCCCCACUAACUCCCGUCACCCAAGGCCCCUCUGUCAUCACCACCACCAGCAUGCACACGGUGGGACCGAUCCGCAGGCGGUACUCAGACAAAUACAACGUCCCCAUUUCUUCAGCAGAUAUUGCGCAGAACCAAGAAUUUUAUAAGAACGCAGAAGUUAGACCACCAUUUACAUAUGCAUCUUUAAUUAGGCAGGCCAUUCUCGAAUCUCCAGAAAAGCAGCUAACACUAAACGAAAUCUAUAACUGGUUCACACGAAUGUUUGCUUACUUCCGACGCAACGCAGCCACGUGGAAGGGUGCCAUUCGCACCAACCUCUCACUGCAUAAGUGCUUUAUCAGAGUAGAGGAUGAGUUUGGGUCCUUUUGGACAGUUGAUGAUGAAGAGUUUAUACGUGGCCGCCAUAUUCAACGAGGCCGUCCUCGCAAAUACUGCCCCGGUGAAAACUCUGACGAGCUUGGCGCACAUAACCCUUCCCUUAUUAAAAACAUGCAGAGCAGCCACGCCUACUGCACACCUCUCAAUGCAGCCUUACAGGCUUCCAUGGCUGAGAACAGCAUACCUCUGUACACUACCGCUUCCAUGGGAAAUCCCACUCUGGGCAACCUGGCCAGUGCCAUCCGGGAGGAGCUGAACGGGGCCAUGGAACACACCAACAGCAACGAGAGUGAUAGCAGUCCGGGCAGAUCCCCUAUGCAAGCUGUGCACCCUGUACACGUCAAAGAGGAACCCCUUGACCCUGAGGAAGCGGAAGGGCCUCUGUCCUUAGUGACAACAGCCAACCACAGUCCAGAUUUUGACCAUGACAGAGAUUAUGAAGACGAACCAGUAAAUGAGGACAUGGAGUGAACCUCUGGGCGGGCCGACCCCUGAGACAGAAGAUUGGGAAAAAAGCAAAACAAAAACAAAUUAAAAAAAAAAAUAACACGUCAAAAGUUAGCAGUGAAACCUUUCUCCGCUUGUUGUACAGUCUGGAGGAUUUUUCGCUACAUUUUGACAACUCUGAAAUGUGUUAACUCUUAGUGCCAUCAAGAAUCCCAUUUGGGAGUAUUUUUGAUUUUUCUACUUUUUGUUGACAAAAGGGAUUUGUACUCUGUGCAUUGGAUGGACCUGUUUGGUACUUGGGAUUUUCCUCUUUGAGUCAACAUCAGUGUUGUAAAUUCGAUAAACGGAUUCACUUUUAGCAGCAGACUUUGAACUGCAGUUUUGUCCUGCCAAGGCCGACACCGAGGACACCCGACUGAGCUCGCGCACCUGCGCCGCAGACCAAGCCUUCGCCCGAAUUCAAGAUUCCAGUGGACGACCUAUUUGCACAGCACUGCAUGUUGAUAUCACUGCCUUUACUCACUUUGGUUUUCUUUUUGUUUGUUUGUUUUUGUUUUUGUUUUUGCUUCCAGUUGGGAUGGGGAAGGCCUUUGUGUGUUUAUUGGGGGGAGGGGUUAAAAAUAAUUAUCCCAAACUUUUUAAUGUAUUGCUUUUUUUUUUUUUUUUUUUUUUUUUUUUUUUUUUUUUUUUUUGCUUCUUCUAUACCAUUUUAAGUUCUGACCUCAGGCCUCCAUUUGGGCCCAUGGCCUCUUGGAGGCUUCACGUUUUCUGUACCUUGUGAUGAAUGUUAAUAGGUGUUUUUAUUAUACAAAGCUGAAUGUCAUUUCUCGUCUGUAGUUUUCUGGCACUCAUUCCAUUUUCCUAUAGACAUCACCACGUUUCUCUCAAGUUUAAAAAAACAAAACAAAACAUUCCGUUUUGGUCUUUUUUUCCAAAAAUUAAAAAAAAAAAAAAGAUCCCAAAGGCUGCACCUUACACCUGAAGGUCCUCUCACAGGGACAUGGUGUCCUGCCAGAAAGAGAACGAAUGACAGAAAAGGAGAGAGAAACACACGCACAUACUCUAGGAACAUAGCAGAUUCAUUUCACAAAAGCAGUAUUGGGGUGGGAUGGGAAUGUUGGAGAUUUUUCUUUUCAUAGAGCCCGCCAUUGUGAGUAACUGCUGCCACAUUCUCUCAACGUCAGGAAACACAGCCAAGAGGAGACGAUGACAAGAGUAAACAAUCCUUAAUAAUUAGACUGGCAUGAUGACCACGGAAGGCUCUCCCCCCCACCCCCUUAUAAUCAAGUGGCCAGGACCACAGAUUCUGUGUCGUCCUUAACAGCAGGGGUUGCUUUGUUUGCAAAAUGACCAAAAAGCCAGCUUCCCUGACUAACUUUACUCAACAUGGUGAUAGUGCUGAGUUUGUGCAUCGGUUGAGACCAGCUUGGUGGCGCUCAUCUAUUUUAAUGCAAACGAGACAUCACCUUGCACUUAUUAUGGGAGCUAAUGAGCACUGAGCCCAGUAGAUGGUGAUGUGUUGGUUUCCAGGAUGCAGAGUCUACACUGCAGUUGAGCCUGCAGUGUGAUAGUCUCACACCACCCGAGUAGCACAGACUUAACAGGUGACACCAGUAGACAGACUGAGGCUUCUGGGACCAGGGCCCACAGAAUUCGAUGGCUCUAGGUCGGUAUACCCCUCAGCCCUUCAAACCCCUCCACACUUCCAUCUGCACCCACUUCCCUGGCAUUUAUUUAUCUAGGGCUGUAGCUUUUUGUUUGGGUUUAGUUGGAGAGCCUUUCGAAGCUUAAUUUAUAUACUUUGUACCUUUUAUUUCUAAAAUUACCAAAGAUAUUAUGCAAAGGUAAAUUAUUUUCUUUUAUGCUUUAUCUGAUGAAGCCAAAUAUCCUCUUAUUGUUGAUCAAAGGAGGCAAAAGGAUUCAGAGGCAAAUGAUGAGGUCCAGGCUGUUUGCCAACCCGAGGGAAAUAACUGCCCCUCCAACAGAGUUCAUUUAGCAGACUAAGUAGGCAAUGGAACCAAAGUUUUUUACUUUUUUCUACUUUUUUUCCUUUUCCUUUUCUGUACUUGUACAGAGACCAAAACUAACUCCUGUAAGGAGAAAAUAUGGGGCUACUGCAGAGAAAAAAAAAAAUACAAACAGGAAAACAGUAUUAUAGCUCCUACGGAAAGAAUGAGAUACCAUCUCAGAAAAAGAAAUGAAUGUAUGAUGCUGAAAUUAGUGUGUAAAUCAAGGAGACACUUAGGAUGACUUAGGAGAACAGAAAAGUGUCUGACUGCACUAGGCCACUUCUAGAAUAAAGAGUUUUUGGUUUUGUUUUUGGUUUUUUUUUUUUUUUUUUUUUUUUUUUUUUAGAACAUUGGUAUGCCACUUUUGUUUAAGGGCUGUGCUGUGAUCACUGCAUUAGUUUUGUUUUAUCUUGGCACAUAUAUCCUCUAGUUCUAGAUUCUUCCUGCUUUUUGUUGUUGUUUUUCCUUUCUCAGACUACGGUUUGGUCAGCAUUUUUCCUUUACACACACACGAAAAGGUAGCAUUCCCAUCCACUCAUCAGCUUAGAAUAGAACGUCUUUGGCAAUUACUUCUGAAGCUUUGCUCUGCUUUCCGUAGAGGGGCAGUCUGUGGUUACUCAUGCCCCCAACCCCCACUUUUCUAGGCAGCUUCAUGAUGUGCAGGCAGUAGCCAGGCAGGGUCAUGGGAGAGGGGGGCCUGUGCUUCUAAACUGAGUGGUUGCUGGUUAGAUAUUCAAAAGAGGAUAAAAAUCUGGUAGAUUAGUUCAUUCUCAGCAUGUGUAGCUAGACAUGAGUAAAGAUAACAGCAUGAGAACUGUUAGUACGCAUACCUCAGUUCAAACCUUUAGGGAAUGAUUAAAAAAAAUUUUUAAAAAUAUACAUUUCACUCAGUUGCACUUAGUCGUAUGUCUUGCAUGCUUAGUCUAAAGACUGUAGCAAAAAAAUAAAGAAAAAAGAAAAAUUAGAUUUUACAUAUCUUUGCAGGUGUCACAGCCUUGCAGAAGAACCAACUUUAAAAAAAAAAGUUCUCAGGCUUUACAGCAAGCAAUUUUCACUCUGAGUUUUACAGUUCUGAUUCUGUCCCUUGGGGGGGGAAUUAUGGUCGCUUCUUUAGAAUGGGGUUGAUUCGGUUGUACAUAUAUCCCGAUGUGUCUGUGUGAAUCUUUGUCUUUUGUGGGGGAGGGCCGAGGGCAGCUCUUUUUUUUUUAAUUAUUUUAUUUUUUAGGUAUUGUUCCUAAAGAGGAAUAAAUGCAUACACCUGUUUGUCAAAACAUCUUUGCUUUUUGUGCAACUGCAUUUUAUUAAUGAUACUUUAAAACAGAAGAAAACCACAGUAUCUUUGGGGGAAAAAUCUACUGUAUGUAAUGGAUUUGCAGUCAAUGCUGCACAUGUAUUUUAUUUCAUUACCCUUGAUUUAUGAACAUUGGAUGACAUGUUGACAUGUGGGAGGAAAGAAGAAACUCCAGAACACUUUUUUUUUUUUUUUUGGCUUUUAAAUUGUAACAUAGUUGACAUAAUUUGUUUCCUAUUCUCAUUAAUUGAAACAUUUUGUACAGGUUUGUGGGGUGGGGUGUGUGUGUGUGUGUGUGUGUGUGUGUGUGUGUGCGGGUGUGUGUGAACGGGUGUGUGAGUGUAUGUGUGUGUGGAUCUGUUUUUGAUACAUUCCUGUUCCUUGUGUUUAUCCUGCCACUGCCUUUUUGAUUAUCUUAAACAAGUUCCUAAGUUUGAAAAGAGAAAAAAAAAAAGUUGUUUUAAAAAAAAGUUCUCUCCUGCUGCAGUCAAUAUUUUUGCAUGAUGAAAUUCCAAGGUCACACUUUCAAAGUUUUAUCAGUAAAGUAGUGAUUAAUAAUGGGAAGUGUUGAAAAAUAUUGAAAUUUUUGUAUAAAAAAAUUUACAAGGUCCCAAGGUGUAAAGACAAUUUGUUACUUUUUCUUUCUCUUUUCUUUUUUUUUUUUUUCUUAGUAAAAGCCAAGCAAACAUGAGGGAGGUUGGCCCAUGUGUCAGACACACUCAGUCAUGAUGAUGAUCCAUCUUUGUUGUUCCUAGGGUCUAUCCAUGUGAAAAGGCUUAGGCUGCCGUAUUGGGGCACCAAAGGGUGAUCCAUCAAGACUUAUGUACAUGGUGACCUAGCUGCCAGUGCCCUCCCCACAUCAGAAGACAGUUGACUUGACAUUCCCAGCAUCCCGUCAGCCAUAAUAAAGCAAGCUUUGGUUUAAAAGAUAAACAAAAUAAUAGAACCAAAAUGUAAUGUAAAUCACUAGCUCUUAUUUUUUAACGUCACAUGAAAUCGCAUUGAAAAGUCUCCUCUUUUUCCACAUUCUAGCUAAGCUCUGUCUCCAAGGGCAUAAAGCAGACUCUGCUAAUGACUUUGAAUCUUUUUGGUACCCUUUGGUCAAUGCCAUACCCUCCUGACAGUCUGGAAGUGUUUUGCAACUCGGUUUCACUUUAAUUAUCCUGAGAAGCAAAUGGACAAUUCUAAUGGCGUCUCGUGGGUCCACUGUAACUCGAUGCAGUCCCUGCUACCCAGGAGCCUGGGUGGAGAUGGUGCGGUCUGGGUUGUGAGCGUGGUGCUCUAUGUUUAUGUGCUGCCACUAACAAGGAUUGUUUUGUUUUGUUUUGUUUUGAUAAGGCAUAAAAGAAUCUCAUUCCUUGACAUCAACUGUAAUUCCAUCAUUCCAUGUCUGUGGAUACAGACAAUAAAAAAAAAAAAAAAAUGUUGUGUAGUCAGUACUAGUGACUGACAUGAGAGCGUUCUCAAAUGCAAUAAAAAUGCUGGUUGUUCACACUGGUA